AUGCGCAACCUCGAAAUUGAACGUGUGACGCUCGCGGCCAUGAGCUUGGGCAUUGCGCGCCGGUCGAUCGAGGUCAUGAACGCGUACGCCAAGGACCGCGUCGCGUUCGGGAAGCCGCUCAACUACUACGGCCAGAUCCAGGCCAACAUUGCCAAGUCGUACGCCGAGUACAUGGCUGGCCGCGCCUACACGUACAACACGGCGCGCCUCAUGAAGCUCGAUGCCGUGGGCAACCGCGUCGAUACGGACGGCGUCAAGCUCUACUGCGGUGACAUGGCCAAGACGGUGGCGGACCGCGCGAUCCAGACGCUCGGCGGCUACGGCUACGUCGGCGAGUACAACGUUGAGCGUCUCUGGCGUGACUCGAAGCUGCUCGAAAUUGGCGGCGGCACCAACGAGUCGCACCACAAGAACAUGAGCCGCGACCUCAUGCGCGUCAGUGCUUUGUAA